AUGCGAACACGUUCACAAGACUUAGUCGAUAAACAAAAACCUCAAGUGGAGCGUUUAGCAAAUCAGACUACAACGAAGCGUAAAAAGAAAACGAAAGCCUUACCUGCCGAAGAUCAUCCAGAAUCAGUUCCAGUUGAAAAGCGGCUUCGUUGCUAUCGUUCAAAACCUACGAGUGCCAUGUGCACUCGCAUAAAACGUGCUAUACGGGAACGAUUAUAUUUAUUGGCCGUUAGUUCAACACCAGAAGAACCCACUCGUCGGACAUAUCAAGUUUUUGGGCAAACAGGCAACGUUUAUACUGUCACUAUUAGCCGUUUACUAUCGUGUACUUGUCCCGAUCAUGCUUCAGGUAAUGUAUGUAAACACAUCAUUUUUAUCUUGCAUCGUGUGCUCAAAGUCGAUAGUCGUUCACGACUUUUGUAUCAAAAAGCACUGUUAACUAACGAAUUGAACGAGAUAUUUACCAAUGCCGAUGCUCAGCAGAACGCUAUUUUCAAUGAUUCAAAUAUUCUUGCAGAGCAAGAGGUGCGCCGAGCUUACCAAGUAACAACGGGUGACUCCAAUACAAUCCUUGAUACUGUCGUGGAUACAACUGUGCCAGAAACAGUUGUAAAACAAAAAGCAAUUACAGCUGACGAUGACUGUCCCAUAUGUUGUGAAUCAAUGGAAGAUAAAGCAGGCGACCCUGAAAAUAUUCUGUUUUGUUCCACAUCAUGUGGUAAUAAUAUGCACAACAGUUGCUUUAAUCAAUGGCGUCGAAUGAAAACAUUGAUGCGUGAACCGGUUACUUGUCCGUUCUGUCGUAUUGAAUGGAAAAUAACUACAGAUAAUAAAUCAAGUGGACCGAAUAUUUCUUAUACCGCAGAUGGUUUUCUUAAUUUAGCAGCUCAUUCAACGACUACGGUUCGUCGUUCCUCUCCUCCACCCUAUGGUUUCAAUUAUCCGACUCUGUUACUGAAUGGAAAAGUUCUAGUUAGUGGAGGAUGGACAAUUGGUGGCUCGCAAAGUUGUACAGAAUUAUACGAUCCAUUGACAGAGAAAUGGACGAUGACUGGUAAUAUGUCAUCCCCACGAAGUAGUCAUAGAGCAGUUCUAUUGCACGAUGGAAAGGUUUUAGUGAGCGGUGGAUUCGGCAAUCCUUCGACUGGUAAUAGUACAGAACUGUAUGAUCCGUUAGAAGAGACAUGGACAUUCGCUGGCCACAUGGAUUACACACGCGAAUAUCAUACAGCCACAUUAUUAGAGGACGGAGAAGUAUUAGUAGCAGGUGGAUCGUAUCAGACCACACAUUUUCUGAACAGUGCCGAAAUAUACGAUCCAUCCGAAUACUUUCUCUAUUAG